AAAAACUCCAAAAACUCCUUAUAAUGCGCCUCGUGCUUUUGUUAUUCUUCUUGUUCCCGGUGGCUUUUGGUAAAUUGAAGUUUGUUCAAAUUUGGUUCCGACAUGGAGAAAGAACUCCAGGUCACUAUUUGUACUUUCCUGGUGAUGAUUUGAAUAAUGUGGACUAUCAACAAAUUGCAUGGCCCGGAGAGCUAACAAAACGCGGAAUUUUAGAGGAAUUUCAACUUGGUCAACGACUGAGGAAAAUAUAUGGGGAGCAUUUUGGAGACACGUACCAACCGAGAGAUUUUCACGUCUACACUGGGAAAGACAAUCGAACUUCUGCAUCUGCUCAAGCUAUGUUUGCAGGAUUCCUUCCCCCUAAUGAAGAUCAAACCUGGAAUUACGAGCUCAAAUGGCAACCAGUCGCUCAACUAACUGAUGAAUCCAUUGAUUGGGUUUCACUAGGAGCAAUUGAUAACUGUCCGGUCUAUGGUGAAGCACAACGGAAAUCAUCUGAAUAUGCAGAAGUUAUGGAUCAAAUGGAAAAAUAUGACGCUGAGCUUUUACAACUUGUCAGAAAUCAUGCAGAUGAACCAAUUGUGGAAGCUGUGAAAUAUAAUCAUGUUAUAGACUCUUUAAAAGUUCGGUACAUUCUUCAAGAUGACAGACUUCCGUACCCAGAAUGGGCGCGUGGGUACGAAAAUCGAAUUUUGAAUAUGAGUUUUUUGAUUCACGAUGCAGUUGUUAAGGUUCAAAAUGAUAGCGUCGGAGAUUAUCACAACGAAUUGGUUAUGUCGUAUUUUGAAACUCAUCUACAGAAAAAUUCAACAAAAGGAGUUUUUAUUAGUGGGCACGACACAAACUUAGUGACAAUUUGGGAAUCACUUCGCCUAGAUGGACAUCCAGAAGACAUUCCAAACUACGGAGCUCAUAUUGCUAUUGAAAUGCAUGAGCCUGUGGGGCAACUGUCCAUAAAAUUUUUCUUGUCGAUGGGCUUUAAUCAGACACGCGUUGAACUUCAUCCACACUUUUGCUCGCGGAGCCAAAACAAUGAUUGUACGUGGGAUGAGUUUCAGAGGCUUGUGAAGAAAUCAAGAAAACCAAAAUCUGAUUGGAUUUUCGAGUGCCAAGGAUAUGAAAAAGCAACUGAACCAGUAUCAGCACUAACAGGUUCCAUGAUUGUUCUUCUAUCAAUUUUGAUUUUAUCUACAAUUAUCCUCGGUUUCACGACGUUCUCCUACAAACGACAAUUAAAUGCUCUCAGAGACCCAGAAAGAACCCGACUCCUGUAACCUCCACUGUCAUUGACAAACGUUUUAUUUCUCUCCUCUUUUAUUUUUGUUAUUAUGGGCUCGGUUCAAACAUCUGAUUGUUAGUGAUUAUGAUGAUGAUAAAAAGGGUUUUUGGGACGGU